AUGACUCGCAAAGAGCCGACCAACAACAACAACAACAACAACAACAACACCAAUUCGAGUAGUCGCGUCGAGCAGCGAUUCCCGUUGCGGCGCUCGUUGAAGGCGGCGAGUCCGUCGCAUCAGAAUCGGACGAUUCAACGCGACGUGCUCAUCGAUCCCGACCAAUCGAUCGAUUUCGAUUUUCGCGAUUUGCAAAGCCGCUAUCUCGAAUCGCUGGAGAGAAUUCUGGACUCGUUUGACGAGGUGUUUUAUGAGAGUCGCGGUGCCGAUUCGACGACGACGACGGCGACACCAACACCAACACCAACACCAUCCGUCACCAAUCAACCGCAACGCACCAAAAUGCGAAAUAUUCAUAAUUUGAUUAUCAAAACCGACGACGCGUUCUUCGAGCUCGAUGACGACGAGUAUUCGUUGCCCGAAUCGCCGGCAUCGCCGUCGGCGAUGAACACACCGUGCAUUCAGCUGAUGCCGAACUCGGCGCCGCCAUUCGCCACACAGCCGCCACCGACGAUACACAACGAGUCGUAUCCGACGAGCAGUGCCGGCACGCCGACGCUUCAAUCGAAGGACUCGCUUCUGCGCACCGCCAAAGUCUCGCCGGCUCAUUCGGCUGUUGCGGCGCGCCUCCAACAAUCGCUGUCAACGCCGUGCAACGGCACCGAAGACGGCGCGCCGCCGCGCAAAGACUCGGAGUACCGUCGCUUCAAAUCCGAAGGCUCGUCGGCGGGCGCGACGCUGCCGAACGGCAUCGACGCGCCGACAAUGGACGAGUUGUCGCCGAUCGAUCAGCGCGCGAGCAGCACGGCGCGCUUCUCGCUCAUGCAGCAGGACAGCGUCGUGAAUCCGGCGGUGACGAAGCAAUCGAACACCGAACAGGUCGCCAUGAUGCACACGCUCAAGACCAAAGUCUCCAAGUACCAAUUGUUCGUCGAUCGCGCGAUGGAGUUGAUCAAUAACAACACCGAGGAUAAGAUGAUCGAGGGCUGCACCAUCAUCACGAAACUCAUGAAGAAGGCGUGGUCGACGCCGAAAGUGUGCGUCGAUCUCACCGAUGCGCUGUGCGACUACAUUCGCGAUCGCGAGUACUUCGAGAAGCUUAUCAAAAUUUUCAUCGGUCAAACGACGACGUGCGAUCAGGUGAAGCUCGCGUGCGGCCGCGUGCUCGAAUCGAUCAUGUCGACGGCGAAUCGCGAUUAUGUCGUCAACAAGGUGAGAGAGGAUCCGCAAACCUGGAAUAUUGGCGGAAAAUCGAAGAUUGCUAUCUUCUGA